GCGGCACCGCGCGCAGCGCUGUCUGCGGCCGCACUCCUUUCCCCUCCCCUCCCCCCACCGCGGGGAGGGAAGAUCCUCAAUGCUGACAGAAAGUGUGUUUCUGCGUGUCUGCUUGUUUCCCUAAGGUGGACUAUGUCUUAGGGAAGGUUUUCUUCACUACCGCCGCGGAGCCGGGCGAGCUGAAGGAGCUCAAGUCGGGAGAGCGGCUGUUCUGCUGCUGAAGAAGCGCGUCCCGCUUUCCGUUUCUAGAAAUAAAGGGAAAAUGCUGCAUGAGAUUAAAAGCCUUCUCACUGAGGAACCCAAGUCCUGCCUGGAUGUUAUCGCUGCUUGGAGAAAGCUUCGUAGUCUUGAGAGGAAAAAGGAUGAGGUUUCUCAAGAAAGCUCAAAACCUCACAAGAGAAAACCAGAAGAGAUUAAUAUUGCAUCUAAAAGACAGAAAACAGAGCAAGUAAGAGAGAUUGUGUCUGAAGAAUGUCAAGCAGGAGCUGGAGAGAACUGUGUGGUGUCAGAGGAGGAGAGUGACCAGGACUGCCAGACUGAAAGCAAGGCUUCUUUAGAAGGCCCUCCCAAAAGCAGCAUAGAAAAGCCUACUGAGAAUGAGAAGCAGAACUUCAGUUUCAGAGUUUCGUGUCGUUGUAGUGGAGCGAUUGCCAAGAUACUCACUUCACAGGAGAUUGGAAGAGCAGUUGGCAUAGCGCUAAGGAAGCAGUUUGGAUGGCAGGCUGAUCUGCGGGCCCCUGACCUGGAGAUCUUUCUACAUCUUAAUGACAUUCACUCAGUCGUGGGGAUUCCUCUUUUCAGGCUUCCGUUGGCAAACAGGGAGUAUAUCAGAACAGCAGGCCUGCGGUCAACUGUUGCCUGGGCCAUGGCAUCUCUGGCUGAAAUAAGUGUGGGUGCCUUCGUGCUGGAUCCCAUGUGUGGGCUGGGAACCAUCCUGCUGGAAGCUGCCAAAGAGUGGCCUGAAGCCUGUUACUGGGGUACGGAUACAAGUGAUGCACAAUUAGAGGGUGCAAGUGUGAAUAUUAAGACUGCAGGCUUGGAUGAUAAGAUUGAGUUGUUUAAAGCUUCUGUGAAAGCGCUGCCGUUGCCCUCAGAAAGCUUUGAUGCCGUGAUUUCGGAUAUUCCAUUUGGGAAGAAGUUCAAGAUCACAAAAGACAUACAGCUCCUACCAGAUAUUCUCCAGGAGAUGGAGAGAGUGCUUCGUGUUGGAGGCAUUAUUGUGUUGUUGCUGAAUCAAGAUCUCCGUAAGCGCGUGGAUGGCAUUGCCAAGACUGUUGAAAACGAAUCUCUUAACGCCACUUCUGAUGGUGCAGGUGAAACGACCGCUGUGAAAGCCUUGAACAAUGAUGGGAAUUCAUCCACCUCGGGGACCGGUGUUGAAGAACCUGUUCUCAGCUGCGGACAGAUGUGUUUUGGGUCUCUGGUGCCAGAUGGCAUCUAUGAAGUUAGUCUUGGAAAGACGGAUGCUUUCAUAUACAAAUACAGGAAGAUCUCUACUGCUGGGAAUUAGUAGCUUUUGUGCAUGGUGCCAGUGUUGAACUUGAAUCCUGAUAGACUUGAAAGCAGCAUGGCAGCGAACUGGUGGAACUCUGCUAGUCCAAACUCUGUGCCGUUUGCUAGCUCACCUCAGUUUAGUUGAGUGUACUAGGCUGUUGUUUUUCUCACUUUGGCUUUUAGAUGGAAGAUUCCUUUUCGUGUUUCAAAUGUUUUUAAUAUAAACUGCUGUAACAAGACAGAGUCCUCAAAUCCUUGUUUAGACAAAUCCUCUCUAUAUCAGGAUGAGUUCUUCAUGAGAGAAAGACUUCAAAUGCUGUACCACAAAAACAUGGUAAUACUACAUGUAAAUGGGUUUUCACCUCCUUUAAUAUUCUUAGGAAGUGCUUCUUAAGAAACCUCCAGCUAUUCUUGAGGACUGAACAGAGAGCCUUACUACGUGCCUUGCAGACUUGUAUUAUUUUAAAGCUAUCUUAUGAUGAAUUUGAAUUGUCAGAUACCAUGCUGUGGAAAAUAAAUUAUUUUUAGUAUUAA